AGCGCGGGGGGCCAGGCCUGCUGCGACUACUCGCUGCACGUGGACAUCCCGCGCUGGCACGAGAGCCUGCGCGAGGAGCUGGAGGCGCUCGUGAAGGACAAGGGUGUGAACUCCUUCCUGGUGUUUAUGGCUUACAAAGACAAGCUUCAGUGCACCGAUGCCCAGAUGUAUGAAAUAUUCUGCAUUAUCCGGGACCUGGGGGCCAUUGCCCAAGUGCACGCUGAAAACGGAGACAUCAUCGACGAGGAGCAGAAGAGGCUGCUGGAACUCGGGAUUACUGGGCCGGAAGGGCACGUCCUCAGCCGCCCCGAGGAGGUGGAGGCGGAGGCAGUGUUCCGGGCCAUUACCAUCGCGAGACAGGCCAACUGCCCCUUGUACGUCACCAAAGUCAUGAGCAAAGGGGCAGCGGAUGUCUUGGCUCAAGCAAAGAGGAAAGGCACGGUUGUGUAUGGAGAGCCCAUCACCGCCAGCCUGGGCACCGACGGCUCUCACUACUGGAGUAAAAACUGGGCCAAAGCCGCAGCCUUCGUCACGUCUCCCCCCAUCAGCCCCGACCCCACCACACCGGAGCACCUCUCCUCCCUCCUGUCCUGCGGGGACCUGCAGGUUGCCGGCAGCGCUCACUGCACCUUCACCACCGCGCAGAAGGCUGUGGGGAAGGACAACUUCACCCUCAUCCCCGAGGGCACCAACGGCAUCGAGGAGCGGAUGUCCAUCAUCUGGGAGAAGUGUGUGGUCUCAGGGAAGAUGGACGAGAACGGCUUCGUAGCAGUGACCAGCACCAAUGCUGCCAAGAUCUUCAACUGCUACCCCAGGAAGGGGCGCAUCGCCCUGGGCGCCGACGCGGACUUGGUGCUGUGGAACCCCAAGGCCACGAGGAUCAUCUCAGCAAAAACCCACAAUCUGAAUGUGGAGUACAACAUAUUUGAAGGCACAGAGUGUCAUGGGGCUCCUACUGUGGUCAUAAGUCAAGGAAGAGUUGUUCUUGAAGAUGGAAACCUGUGUGUAACCCAGGGCUCAGGUCGCUUCAUUCCCAGAAAGACAUUCCCUGAUUUUGUUUAUAAAAGGAUAAAGGCGAGGAACAGGCUGGCUGAGAUCCACGGCGUUCCCCGCGGGCUCUACGACGGGCCGGUCCAUGAGGUCCUCACCAGCACCAGAGCCGUGGCCCCCACGUCGGGAGCCAGGAUCACACCGUGUGCGGGCAAAGCCCCGGCCCCCGCCGUGCGCAACCUGCACCAGUCGGGGUUCAGCCUUUCAGGCUCGCAGGCAGACGACCACAUCGCACGCCGCACGGCUCAGAAGAUCAUGGCCCCGCCGGGGGGACGCUCCAACAUCACCUCCCUGUCCUGA